AUGGGUCCGGUCGUUCUGGGUGCUCUUGUGCAGGUUGCCAUGAUGUGGGGUGAAGUAUCGGCGCAGUUCGAUCAGGUGGGCUUCGUAGGCGUCCUGCAAGACCCCGUGCGGCUCAAUGGAGCCACGGGAAUCGCCAUCGCAGGCAACUAUGCCUAUGUGACAGCGACUUGGGACGACGGGGUGUCUGUGCUCAACAUCACAGAUCCCAGCAGCCCGACUUUGGCAGGGUCCAUUUGGGACAGCGACAUCUUGAACGAUCCCAGGGGCAUUGCUGUCAGAGGGGAUUACGCUUAUGUGGGGGAUGCCUUUGGUCUUGUGUCAAUAAACAUCGCCGAUCCAACCAAUCUGACCAUCGUGCACAAACUGGCUGACACGACUCAUUUCAAUGGACUUCAAGCGGUUGUGCUCGAUGGGAACCACGCGUACGUGACUUCGGAAUACACUUCUGGGCUGGUGGUCAUCGACAUCACUGACCCGAGCAAUCUCACCAUCGCAGGUUCCUUCGUUGAUACCACCUUGCUGUCCGGAGUCCGGGGCAUUGACAUUGUCGGCGACCUUGCCCAUCUGUGCACUCAACAGGGCAGAUUUGUCAUUGUCAACAUCUCUGACCCAAGAAGCCCAAGCCUCGUGGGCUCGAUGAUGCCGUCGGCAUCGUUGGCAGACGCUUUUCGCACGGCCGUUGCUGGGAACUACGCCUACGUGACAACAUACCACAACAGCCUGGCGGUGGUCAACAUCACCGACCUGACGGACAUCGUUGUCAUUACGGUCGUCGGAAACUCCACCACGAUGCCAGUCCCCGUGGGCCUCGAGAUUGUGGGGAACUACAUGUAUGUCGCUACCCACCAUGGCAUUGUGCUGCUUGACAUCAGCGACCCAAGCAACCCCGCCAUCGUCAACGAAGGUCGAAUCGCUCACGAUGUGUCAGAUACUGACACAUUCGCAUAUGGGCAAGACGUAGCUGUGGUAGGGAACCUUCUCUACAUGGCCUGUCAAAGUGGGUUUUAUCAUCGAGGCCUGGCCGUGGUCGACAUCAGCACUCCGAGCAGCCUCAGCGAGGUUGCCUUCUUCGGCGAGAAUCCGAACAGCUUCCUCGAGGAUGCGGCUGGUGUUAAAGUCGCAGGCAACUACGCCUAUGUGGUCGGAGACGAAGGUUCCUUUACCGUGAUCGACGUCAGCAACCCGAGCCAACCAAGAUUGAUAAGCUCGAUCGUUGACCCAAGGUUGGACGGUGCCGAGGGGUUUGCAGUUGCUGGGGACUAUGCCUAUGUGGCCUCAAACAGCAACGACGGCUUCGUCGCGGUCAACAUCGCCGACAAAGCCAACGUGAGCAUCGCGGGAUUUCUCCAAGAUGCUCAGAAUGAGGACUACUUUGACGGUGCCACGGACGUGGCGAUCUCCGGGAACUUCGCUUUUGUGACCGCCUACAGCGAGGAUGCCGUGACAGUGGUCGACAUCAGCGACCCCUACAAUCUCACAAUGGCCAGCCAUUUCAAGGAUAGUACGCUCGAUGGUGCGGAGAACAUCGUGAUCGUCGGGAACUUGGCCUACGUGACGGCCUAUUCUGAGGACUCCUUGACCAUACUCAACAUCACCGACCCGCACAGCAUCAGUCUUGCCGGCACUAUCAGGGACAACAGACUUGAUGAAGCAAGAGGCCUUGCCGUUGUCGGGGACUACGCGUAUGUGGCCUGCCACGACGAGGACGGCUUUGCCGCGAUUAACAUCACUGACCCGAGCAACCUAGCCAUUGUAGGCUUCGUCCAGGAUGGAACCCUCCUGGAAGAGUCCUGGGCGGUUGCAGUUGAUGGGAACUACGCAUAUGUGACAUCAGAGGAUCAUCACUCCGUGACGAAGAUUGACAUCAGCGACCCAAGCAACCUUACCAUCGUGGGCAAUUUCCAGCACCCUUUAUUGCGUGAUUCCCGCGGUAUCACGAUUGCUGGAGCAUAUGCUUAUGUGACGGGAUACGACUCCGACUCCUUCUUGGUGCUCCAAAUAGGCACCACCACCACCACCACCACCACCACCACCACCACCACAACCACCACCACAGCAACAACAGCAGCAGCAACAACAACAACAACAACAACAACUUCGGUCACCUCUACCAAUGCACAAGCGAACGCAACCACGGAGACGGUGUCCACGACAACGCCUGUGACUGGUACGACUACGCCUCGAGAUCUUAACGAAGUGAUCGAAGAGCUAAGCUAUGCUUUGGACGGGAAGGGUUCUCUUAGUGCCUUACUUCUUAUCCUAGUUGGCUUGCAGUGCGGAGGCCUGAAAUGA